UCAUCAUCUUCUUCAUCAACAUCUCUAUCAUCACCUUCAUCAUCCAUAUUGAAUAGUGAUCAAGCCAGUAAUUAUCACCAUCAAUCAGAUAAAUUUUCACAGGCAUCUAUAGCAGCUGCUGCUGCCCAUCUAAGUCUAUUUAAACAAUACAAACAACAACAAGUUACUAGUCCAUCGUUCAAUGAAAAAGGUGAUACAUUUGUAUCCAGAGCCAAAAUGGCCAAUGUUGAUUCCAGAUUUAUAGAUGCGCACAAUUCAACGACAAAUGUGCACGCUUCUUUUCCGCAAACACAAUCUCAUAUGGAUUCCGAUGCUCAUCAAUGGAUGAAUGAUCUGAAUCCAUUUACUAUAUCAUCUCAAUCUCAGUCCACAUUAAACGAAUUUAUUGUAAAUGAUUUCCUUUCCUCUUCAUCAUUACUUUCCGAUGAAUUCGACAAUACUGACUUUUCGCCUUUACUCGAUAAUAUCAAUACAAAUCUUUCGUCAAACACUGGUGAAAAUUCGAAUGAAUUUCAUUCAAAUAUGACCAAUGAUAAUCUUAUUCUUCAUUCGAAAAAUGGAUCAACAAUGAACUCAAGGCCAUAUGAAUCCACAUCUAUUGGAUCGGUUUCAUCGGCCGAUAUAUCGUCACCAUAUUCAGUACCACAACCUAAUUCGAUCUCAUCAAUAGCCUCAUCAUCAUCUACAUCUUGUUCAGUGACACCGCCAUCUAUUAUAUCAUCAUCUUCACAAAAUCAAACUGCAAAUAACUUUAGCCAAAAAUCACAUCUAUCAUCAACAUUGAUCAAUAACAAUAAAUCUUCGCCAGUAACAUCACCAAUGACCAGUAUUGGAAGUAUACCUGGCCGUUGUCAAUCAUCAUCAACAUCUAGUUGUCCAUCCACUCCAUAUUCAGUUGGCACAACCAAUCCCAAUACGCCACAAACACAAUCACAAUAUGGUUCAUCGAUGAAAUUGUUCAACAAUGAUGUUGAUAGUCCAGCUCAUUUGCCUCUUAAUCCAUUAUUUAUUCAUGUUAAACAUGAAGAAACAUCGACAAAUUCACCUUAUUCUUUACAACAAACUCCUAAUCGGAAUCCUACAACAAUCAUGUCGCAAAAAACAUUGUCGAUUAAGCAUUCACCAUCGACCUUGGAUCUACAAUCGGCAAACGCUAUAGCAACGACCAUCGAUCCAUUCAUGCCAAUGUCCAGUAACAAUAGUAGCACAAUUGUCGACAAAUUUAAUUUUGAUGACGAUGAUUGUGAUAAACUAUUGCAGAGCAAUAGUUUUCCCAAUAAUAAUAAUAGAAUCACUAACUAUAAUGCUGCAUUAUCUUCACGUAUGGAAACACGUUUUAGUGGAUUAUCAUCAUAUCUGGAUGAAAUGGCACAGAUGAGUGCCCGACAUCAACCAAUGCAGCAACAUCAGCAAUCAACAUCAACAACGGAAUUAUCAUAUCAACAAUCAGACGUCAAUAAUCAUAAUGUGAAUGAUGAUGGUCCUUCAUGCAAUAUUAGAGGAUCAUAUAAUCCUAUAUCAUCAUUGGCAGCAGCUACAUUGUCGUCUGAUUCUCAUGCCAACAAUAAUAAAUCCCAUAAUCAAUAUUCGCCCUUAUUAGAUCCAAAUCUAGUAUUCGAUCCAAAAUUAGGUGAAAUGCGUCAACGUAAAAAACGUGGUCGACCGAAAAAGAAUUCUAAUUCAUCCAGUUCAUCACCGCAAUCAUCAUCAUUGAACAGUUCAUUAAAUCAAUCUCCCAUCGAUCGUACAAUGCCACAAUCAUUGUCAUCGAUAAGUUCUAUGUAUGAUUGUUCAUCGCCACCUACAACGACAUUGACAUACGAUCAACGAAGUCGACAUCACGUUAAUGAGGAUGAUGAUGAUAGAUUUGAAUUUUCAUCAUUGAUGCAGCCUAAAUUGCAGUCAUCAAUCUCUGGAAGUGAUGAUCUUAAUUCAUCUGCUUCCUUUUCAGGUAACAAACAAGCUGUCGAUCCAUAUGCUUUUCCAGGAAACUCAAAUUCUUUGAUGGAUCAACGCUACCACAUGUCAGAUAGCCAUUACAGUCUUCUAGCUAGUCAUCAUCAUCAUCAUCAUCAGCAAGCCUAUUCGAAUAAGACAGCUGGAAUCGGCAAACGUCCUCGUGGUCGACCUCGUUUAAAUGAAGCCACAAGUGCCAAUAGCAACAAUACUAAUAGUAAUAAGAAUGGUGAAUCUAAUUCCAAACAUUCAAUAUCAAAAUCAUUGAUUCAAUCAUUAUUGGCUAAAUCACCGUCAUCAUCAUGCGGUAACAGCGUUGAUAGCUUAUCAUGGGCAUCAUUAAUAUCAAGAAUACCCGGUCUAGAUCAUUCACUAUCAUCAACCUCGUUGUCAUCGGCCACAACAGUUAUGAAACGGGGCCGUGGUCGUCCAAAAUCUAUAAAAACAAUACUAAAAGAAGCAAAAAUGGCCGGUUUAGAGAUUCCAUCUGAUGUAAUUAAAGCAUUGAUGGUCAAUCAACAACAACGACAACGAGCUCAUCAUUCACACCAACAACACGAAUCAUCCAAUUACUAUUCCAAUCAACAUCAUCAUGAAUCGAAUCACCAUCGACUUUCACAUUCCGAAUCUUCUCAAAAUCAACAUCUACAUCCUUCAACUUCUUUUCACCAUCAUCAAUCGUAUUUAUGUCCAAACCAAAGUGAACGCGGGCUAAUCCCUCAACAUGAUCAAACAAAUAACAUUCAAAGUCAUCGACCACAACCGCCUUUUUCCUAUCAUCAAUAUCAAUCUAAGCAGCAGCAGCAAUCAUCAUCAUCAUCAUCAUGGAUGGAUCAACAACAACAAAAUUCUUUUUCAUCAUUAUCUGAAAAUGUCAUAGAUAAUUUCAAUCAUCAUCAACAAUCAAUAUUGGAGGAGCAAUAUGUCCAACCAACACGUAUCAACUCGCAGCAUUCUAAUGUGGCAAUUACGGAUUCAAUGUUAUUUUCAAUGAACAAUAAUAAUAACAAUAAAAUUAUUGGACAAUGUGAGACUGAAAUUAUUAAAAAUCCAUUCGAUGAUCUUGAUGAUCCAUUACCGACAACGUCCUCUUCAUCGAAUCAUUUAUCGAUUAAGUCGAAUGAUGAUGAUGUGGAAAAGGUUGCACCUAUCCGUAUUUCAUUAACAAAAAAUUCAAUGUUUCAUUGUUCAUCUGCGGCUACACAAUCGAUUUCAACGCAACAAGAACAAGAAUUGCAAUCACAAUUAAUGAAACGAAAACGUUUGAAUUUCUCUGCAAAUCCACUGAGCGACAACGAUGAUGAUAAUGCUGUUUAUUCAGGUGAUGAUGAUUCCAAUGAAAGUUCCUAUUCAACUCCAUCAAGUUUCUAUGAUGAUGAUGAUGAUGAUAGUUAUGAAGAUGAUCGUGGAUCAUAUGUGAUAAACAAAAAUGGUGGAAAUAAACGGCGAAAACAUCAACAUAAUGAUACCUCGAGAAAAUCAAAUCAUUUCCUUAAACGUCAACAAUAUACGUUAACUGGCAAGCCAAAAUUUACCGAAUCAAUAAUGAUGGAUUGCCUAAAUACAGCUUUAAUCAACGAUAAUGAUGAUGAUAUCAAUGAUGAACUUUUCAAUAAUUUGGAUUUCUAUGAGAAUGAUGAUGAUGAUGAUGAUGAUGAUGAUGAUAACAGUGCUUUGAAAAAAAUAUCAAAAGAAUCUCAAGAACAACAGCAAGAAGAUACACCAAAAUUACCCAAACUUUUACUGAAACGUUUGAAUACUGAUGAUCAUGGUUUUAAAAUUAUUCAAAAUGAUGAUGAAAUUGAAAAAGAAAUUGAAAUGAAUAAUAAUCAAAAACCUAAAUCGGAAACUGUAAAAAAAUUAACCAUUCGUCUUUCUACUAAUGGUGAAGCAAGUAUUGAUCAUGAUGGGGAUAAUAGUGUUGAAAAGUUUAUUUGUAAUAAACAAGUCGAACAGAUUUGUGACUCAAAAACUGAGGAUACACAAAUUAUUACAACUGAUGUCAAAUCUAUCGAUCAAAUAUCCGAUGAUAAAGAUAAUAACUGUUGUCAUCAAGUCCUAGAUCCCACAGAAGUUUUAGUUGAUCAUUCCAAACAACAUGUUUUUGAAAAUGAUGAUAUUGAUAAUUCAACAACCGAAGCAGUGACUUCUAAUCCUCUAACGUCUAUUUUGAAUACAGAACCAGUGGAUGAAAAUCCAUUAUUUCGAACGCCAUCACCACCCCCGGCAUUCGAUCAUUCACUCAUUAAUUCGACCAUUCAUCCAUCAUCAUUAUCAUCAUCAUCUGCACACCAACAUUUAUCGUCAGUUGAAUCAAUAUUACCAAUAAAUUGUUUGGAUACAGCAAAACUUAUAUCCGAUAAUGAACAAUUUUCAGCUAUCAAUUCUAUCAUGAAUCUUGAUGAUUUUGAACGUACCGAAUCACCAUCGCAGGAAAUUGAAAUUAAUCCAUUGAUUUCUAAUCAAUCAAAAAAUCUUGUUGAUGAUUCAAAUAAUUCAGACAAUGUAAAUGAUCAAAAUGAAGACAAUUGUAUUAUAGGAACUCAAGAAGAAAUCUCAGAACAGAGCACGGAUUUAAUUAAUAACAAAAUUGAAAAUAUUUCAAAGUCUCCCAAAAAUACAGAAAUUGAAACAACUACUGAAUCAUUUGUUUUGCAAGAAGACCAAACUAAUGAAACCAAUAUCGAAUUAUCAGAUGACAAUGAAAACAAUGCCGUAAUGAUUGUAACAGAUUCAUGUAAACAACAACAGCUCAAUAAAGAUUUGAUAGAUACUGAUGCAUCUGAGGUGAUACGACAGUUGGACAUGAAAACGCUCCCACCAAAUCCAACAGAAGAAUCAAUACCACUAACACCACAUUCUUCGCCACAACACAUCCAAUCUACUGCGAAUUCUAUUUUAAUUCCAAAUACUACUGCAAACACAUCAACUGCAUCAGUUUCAAUGCCGACUCCGAUUCAAUCGAUUCCACAACAAUUUACCGAACCGCAAAUUAAUUCUUUGAAUAUUCAACAACCACCGCUUGAACUACAACCAAAUUUUCCACUGACAAGACCAGUUAUGAUUUCACAAACAUCAGUAACAAAACCUUUGCAGCAGCCUUUAUUAAAUUCAGUUCAAAUUCAACAUUCAAAUCCUUCGAGUGUAAUUCCCCCACAUCAACAACAGCAUCUACAGCCACGAUUGCCACUGUUCCAGUUGCCAUCUAAUUCUGCCAUUCGAUUGUUCACUCCUUCAGUGGAUCCUCAAAUUCAACAUCCCCCAUCGGUUCAUCCUCAUCACAAUGCCCGUCAGACUUUCUUAUUCCAAUCAGCCGGACAAAAUUUAGGCUUUCAUACACAAACACAACAGCCCCAAUUCAUGAUUCGUAGCCCAUUUAUUCCUACACAACAUCAACCAUCUCUACAACAUCCACAAAUGAUUAGAACACAAGCACCGAAUGGUUCAACUAUCAAUCUUAUUCUUCCUAAUGCUAAUGCACAUAAUCCUUAUGGAUACACCGCUCGGCCACCUCCUCAAGCUAGUGCUGCAUUAAUAAAUCCAGCCUUUUCCAACUCAAUCACUCAACCGAUGUUUAUUCGUAAUGGUCCACGAUUAAUACCGGUUAAUCCUGGUUUAAUGAAUACAAUGCGAAUUUUGGCACCUGGGCAGCCACUUCGACCUAAUAAUCAAACAUUUUUCACAAUGGCCGCACCUAUAUCAUCAUCUCAACAUUUAAUGCAACAACAGCAGCAGCAACAAAUUCGUCAACACCAACAACAAGUUUCUCUUCAACAACAACAACAGCGUUUCACCUCCACACCUAUAUUUUUAUCUUCGCCGAUUACUAAUCAAAAAGUCAUUCUUGAAUCCAAGCCACCACCAAUGAUCAAGGAAAAAUUGGAUCCUCCCAAUCGACAGCUACCGAUCAAAGAUAUUCUUACUGAAGCAAUGGAAGAGAUUAGAUUUUACGACAUUGAUGAUCAACCGGAUAAUAAUAGGAACCAACAGCCUAAAACACAACCAAAAAUGCUAAAUGUGACCAAUACUAUACCCUCACCAUCAAUCAAUCCCAAUAAUCCUUCGUCACUAAUGUCUGCAAUCAUACCGCAGUCUUUGAUCAGAUCAUCAUCACAGCCUUCAACAUUAAAUGCUCAACGUCAAUCACUAUCCCAAGAGGUCAUGAUAAAUUCUGUGCCGAUAAAUCCUAUUUCUUUUGCAUCAGUUAAUGACCAGUCACAGCACCAACAAGUUGAAGUUCAAUUGACCAACGAUGAUCUUGAUCGGCUUUUUGAUGAUUUAGAUUCUAGCUCUACUGUCGAUCAUUUUGAUCAUAAUGAUCUUGGAUUUUUAGAAGAAAUUAGCCGAUCCAUCGAACCAAUCAAACAAAAACCUUUACAGGCACUUUCUAAUAUAAGUGAUUUUCAAGAAUCAUCCUUAGCUUCAGAAUUGGAAUGCCGUCAGAUUAUUGAUGUUAUAAUCGAUUCGAUUGAAUCAAAAAUUAACCAGAAGGAACCUACAACAGAAAAAAUUGAUGAAAUGAAUAUUAACUGUAUUGUUAAUGAUAUGCUUGGAACAUUAUCUAUGCAAGAACAGAUCAAAUCAAUGGAUCUUCUUGGUUCUAACGAAAUUAUCUUGCCCAUGACCUUGCCUAAUAAUGAGUUUCAUGAUAAUGAUAUUGUUCAGCCGCAUGAAACACCAGAUAAAAAUGAUGAUAAACUUGAAAUUACACGGGAAUUUUUCAAAAUGGUUCCGCUUGUUGAUUAUGAUUCAGAUGAUUCAGCCAUAGUCAUUGGUUCAUGUCUAAAUGAUAGAAAAUCGGAAAAAUUAGUUGAAAAAAUUGAAACCAUUCGAAUUUCUAAUUCAGCUAUUGUUUGUAAUUCUACAGCAUUGUCUUUACCUUCAAAAUUCGAUUGUAUAAAUCUUGAUAAAUCCACAUCAAAAAAAUCGAAAGAAAUUUAUCACGAUGAAGAUAAAUUAUUGUUGAGCAAGCAAUCAUUGGAAUUAGCAUCAAAUGAUGAGGAAAUGACAACUCCUAAUCAAAAAUUUCUCCGUUUGUGUUCUAGUGAUUUUAACGAAUCCACGACAAAAUUCGGUGACACAUUAAUAACCAAUGAUCUAGUAGCUGAAUCAAUUACCGCCACUAAUGCUGCUAUUAUUGAUCCUGGCAAAACUCUUCGAAAUGAAUGCAUAUCACCUGAUCCACAUCUACAAUGUUCAUCAUCAUCAUCGCCAUCAUUUGUAUCGUUUUCUAAAAUUGAAUCACCUGAAGAUUCUGAAUUAAUCAAACACAUGGAUGAUUGUCAAGAUGAAAUCAAUUUCAGUAAAUCAUCACCAGCUAUGAAAAAUGUACAACAUCCAGAUAUAACAUCAUCAGUCAUUGAUGAUGAAGAACAUCAUUAUCAUUGUGAUAAUCAGGAUUGUGAACAAAAAUAUAAUGAUAAAGAUACCUCUGCUAAAAAUGAUAAGGUAGAUGUUUGUCAUGGAUGUUAUCGUUCAAUAAUUCAUGAUGAUAAAGAUGAUUUGAAAUCUCCAAAAACACCUACACUAGUUCAAACAUUCAAGGAGCCAUCGUCAUCAACGAAAAGAAAAUGUUGUACCCACGUUAUACCUGCUACCACUGUAUCCAUAAAUGUUAAUGCGGAAAUCGUACUAAAUUCUAACGUUAAAAAUGCAACAACCAUAAUUCAUAUCAAUCCUAUGAAUAAUUCAAGUGAUACUAUUGCAUAUACUAAACGACCUGCGAUCAAUGAAAACGACCAUGUCGAUAAAGAUGAUGAUUAUGAUGAUAAAAAUGAUAGCAGAAAAUCUUGA